AACCGGCCGGCGUCGCAUUCGUGGAUAAUCCGAGGUGACAAGAGUGGUUUUUUCGCUUCGAUUUUUCCUAGAAACAAACAGUUUUCUUAAACCUUCUACAAAAUACGAUUUCGUACAAUCCAAUGCUCGUGUAGCCGAAUAAUUCGUACGUGCACGUAUACGAAAUAUAAGCAGAACGAAAGUCGGGAAGAAAUUUGAAGGUAGUCGACGAUCGGUGGAUUUGACAAUCGUUUCUCGAUUUUCGUUCCGAGUUCAAAUCAAUCAGUGGUGAUUCUGAUCGGCAUCUCGCCGGAUUGUACGAUUCGUGGAUACGGUAAAUCGAAAUAAAGACGCGAUAUAGUGGCGUGUUCAAACUAUCAAGAAUAACAAGCAGGCAAGACGACCGGCAACAAACUCUACUCGGAUCUUAAUUUCGCGGACCUGAAUUUUCGAUAACACGAUCGUCACCGAGAUGGCCGACAAAAGCGAAUGGGACUACUCUGUUCAAAAUGGACCAAGCACAUGGGUAUCAAAAUUCCCAAUGGCGGCAGGAUCGAGGCAGAGCCCCGUGAAUAUCGAAACCGACCGAGUUGAAUCGGAUCACGAGGCUUUGAGUAGCAAACCCCUGCGAUGGAAGUAUUCGGCAACAGCUUCCCGGAAACUUGUUAAUCCGGGUUAUUGCUGGCGGAUGGACACCGACGGCGAGGGCACAUUUUUGAGCGGCGGACCUUUGAUGGACGACGUCUACAAAUUGGAACAGUACCACUGCCACUGGGGAUGUAGCGACUCGAGAGGAUCCGAACACACUGUGAAUGGACAGGCUUUCGCCGGAGAGUUGCACCUGGUGCAUUGGAACACCAGUAAAUACAACACCUUCGCGGAAGCUGCAAAGGCAUCCGAUGGCCUCGCGGUCCUCGGCGUGUUCCUCAAGGUGGGAAAGACACACAAGGAAAUGGAGAAGAUCGCUCGUUUGUUGCCAUAUGUCUCGCACAAGAACGAAGUCGUAGAAAUCGCAGAUCCAAUCGAUCCCAGCAAGCUACUUCCUGAUGACAAUGGCUACUGGACGUAUCUGGGUUCGUUGACGACGCCACCCUGCAACGAGAGCGUCACUUGGAUUCUUUUCAAGAAGUGCAUCGAGGUGUCUCAUCAUCAGUUGAACAUCUUCCGCAACUUACGUAAAUUCUCCCGUGGGGAGGAGUGCCCGUGCCAUGAGAACCAUGGAGCGGUAAUCAACAACUUCCGUCCGCCGAUGCCGCUCGGAAAUCGCGUGCUGCGCGAGUGUGGCAGCUUCUGAGCCGGUUCACCGGCGAUGCCGCAUCGAGAUCACCCGGUGCCAGGUGAAAAACGACGGGAAAGAAGCGACCCAGCCGCGUUGUCCACCAUUAUGGUGGACCAUGGAGCGACCGCGACCACUCGACGCGCUAUGGUCGCUAAACUUGCAUCGCCGUUCAACCUUCAUUCUGUAUCGUGGACCUUUCUCGCUGGGAGAACGAAGUGCCUUCUUUGUCUGUCGAGGAUUUCCGGGAUGGUGGUCGGAAGGAGAGAGGACGAAGGACAAGAGAAGAUUUUUUAUGGACAAACUGGUGGAUGAAGACUAAAAGAUACAAGCUGCUAAAGAAAACACACUUGUACGAUGUAAUUGUAGGCAUCAAGGCAGUGAAGAAGGUUCAUUUGUAAAUUGUUGUUGCUUGAGGUUUAUUCUUCUAUAUAUAAACAAUUCAAUUUUACGCAAGAAAUUAGGCUAUAUUUCUUUCUAUAUAUAUCUCACUGAUACUUCAUAUUUGUUAUAAAAAAUCAAACGAUAAUAGAAUUUCUGCCGUGAUAUUUGAUUUCCUUCAUUUGUCUGGAGAACAUGGAGUGUCGAUGAAACAGAAAGAAAAGUACAUCGGCUGAUUUGUUGGUCUACAGCAACUAUAUAUACUAGCGUAUUUCUGAUGUAAAAUCGAAUGGCGUAUAAUUAGAAAAAUAAGUCACAAACUACAUUUUUGUACACGAACUUCGUUCGUGUCUUAAUGUCUACAAUCAGUUUCUAAAUAUCGGCCACUUUUUUAACACCCUGUAUAUUCUGGAUACGUCCUUCGAGGAGUUUUAGCAUAUAAGGUUGAAUUAAGUAGGAUAAACGGAAUGAUUGACGAGUGAUUGAAUAAGAUGCUGUCCAUCGUUAAUGAUAAUGAGAUUUCCUUUAAUCAAUCGUUAAAUAUUACUUAUGGUAUUAAAAGGAGAAGAAGAUAAAGUAUUGUAUUAAACAACAGGGUUUUAAUUAGUUUAAUUAACUUUGAACGAACCAUGGCGGCGAUCUAUGGUGAGAAAAGAGAAACUGCUGGACAGCAUUGGAGUCGUAAGAAAGGAAUGUACAAAGAAUCGUGUAAAGAGUGAAAUUUGGAAAUCAUUUCAAAGGCGCCAUGACACAGAACGUUCGAUGAACGUGUAAUAGUGGUAUACAUGCGUGUCUUGUUUGAAUGAUCGGGUACAAUAGAACGAUAGUCGUGUUAACGCUUGUUCAUGAUCUCGACGAUAAUCGCGAAAGAACAAAGCAAUGCGUGGGCAUUUCACUUCGAUUCCAAGUGCAAUUAAAGAACCGUAGUUGAAACGGGAGGAUUUCGCUUGAACCGUAUCAUAGUGUAGAGACUAUAGAUAUUUAGUUGAAAAUUUUUGCGACUGCUUGUUUUAACGGAUUCAGAAACGAGAAACGUGCCUAUACGUACAUAUAUUCACACUAAUACGGAAGAUUCACUCAAAUUUCAGCGGUUUAUAGGAAAUUUUUUAAAUCGUAAUUUUUAAAACGUUUUACAAAGAUUUUAAAACAGACCCGUCCACUAUUGAUCGAUCCACCAAGGAUCUGAUAGUAAAUCGGACAGAUACCAUUGAUUAUGGAAUGCUGUAUGAUGAUUAUGUUUCGCGUAUAAAUAAUUAUAUACACUAUAUACGUAUAUCUUUACACGUAUGUACGGGUGUGACAUUCAAUAUAGAUGUUUGCGGUUUGUAUAGUUUGUUAAAAUGUCCGAGGCUGCCGAGUGUCAUCGGCCAUCAAUGUGAAAAUGCAGCUAACGUUACCCUAAUGUUUAAUUAGGCGUAUCGAUAUUUUGUCGAAAUUAACUCGUGGAUUGAAAAAACGUGGUAUUAUUCUUCUAUAAAAUUAAACAAAAUAAUUAAAUUUAAAUAAAAUAUUUUCGAGACGUUUUCAAACACGAAGAGACGAGCGUGGGCAGAGGUGCCAUUUUACAUUACCCACACGAUAAUAAUAAUCUUCCUUCUAUGUCACUUUUCGAAGCACAGAAAGAAAACCACUCGAUACGUCUCGGACUAUGCACGCCUAUGUGCCUUUUUAAUCACCUACGUGAAGUAACACAAUUGUAUAAUGUUGUUAAUACAUAUUAACUUUCGUAUCUGAGAUUAUUGAGUAUUUUUCACUCAAUUAUCACAGACGCGAAGAACAAUGGAAUCAUCAUUUUUGCAUAUUGCAAUUUUAUUUUGUAACAUGCUUUUGUCGUGACGACAACGCCUCGUUCAUAUACAUACAUAUUUCUUUCUUUCAUUUUAUCUAAUCAAAAUCGGGUAACCACACAUAAAGGAAGCGCAGUAGUUACAACAAAUAUUUACACAUAUCUUCAUUUUUCAAUGAAGCUCUUUUGUUAUCAGAUUCUACAUUUCAUUUUCGUAAUAUCAAAUUUUCGUAGUCAUAUGAAGGUAUGAAACUUAAUCUAUGGGAUCAUGCAAUAUAUUAUAGCAAUAUAUUGUAUUAUAAAUAUGUCAAUUUCUUUAAAUUUGGUAAAAUUGUAAAUUUAAGUCAAAGAAAAAAAUAUUAUACGAAUUCUUAGGAAUUCUUUUCCAUCGUCACAAUGUUAGAGAAGUAGAAUUUGAUAAUGUAAAUUGAUUCAAAGAUGUUGGUAUACUUAAAUUUAAUUAAUUCAUAUAUAAAUACUCUAAUAUAUACAAUGGUGUGGAAAUACUUUUCGUAGCCAUUGUAAAUGACUGCAAUCAUACUGGAAAUAAUGAAUGCAACAUUUGCAUGGAGAUGUAAAAGAAGUUUACACGAGCUACCGAUUCACAUAUUAUUCAACCCCGGUUUUGAUUAUUGUAAUAUAUUUGCGUGACCGUCGAUCAGAGAUCGUAAAGAGCUUUCUUCGUACCGGAGUAGCGAGUGUCAGCUUUCAAUAUGCUAGUUGAAAUGCUGAAAGUUUUACUCCUCCUCUUACUGUUGGUUUUUUCCUGAAACGUGUAUUUUACGUUAAUGGACAGUUUACUUCGAACGUGAUAAUGGAAAACGUCGUGUCGUUCGUUCUCUGGUAACGAUGAUUGUAUCUAAGUUUUCUUUUUCCUCUCCUUCCUAUAUUUAUUGUUGAACACGUGAGAAGCAAUUGUAUAUGUAUUUCGUAGCAUCGACUGUGAUAAAAGAAAAAGUAAGAAAAAUGGUAAUAAAGGGUCGCGAGAAAUCUCGCAGCGAUAACAUGUUUAAA